AUGUCAAGAAAUUCCACAUGUUUGGAAUUGGCCAACUUAUCAUAUGCCGAAGUAAACAGGCAAUGGUUUCUUGGAGAAGCGUUGGCGUUCCUGAAAAGUUUGAUUUAUAGCGAUGCUUCUGAGAGCAGAGAAAUUAACGAAACCAUCGAAGAAACUCUGCGAGAAGAAUAUAAUUUGGAUCCGGAAGAUGCAGAAAAUUACUUUGAAGGAGACAAAGAAGUGUUAGCUACUUGGAUUGCAAAUAUGAAAAAAAAAGUUAAAGAAAUUCUCUUGGAUUUGGGCGAAUUCCAGCUAGCAGUGGCUGUCGAAAGUGAAUUUAAAAAUAUUGAAAUUUUACCAAAUGUGACUCGGAUCGAUUUAGCAGCCGAAAGACUGAUCAAUGAUUACAAAGGAAAAUUGAAAAUAAUCGAAUGUUCGAAUAGAUCGAAACAUCUCAAAGAAAACAGAGCAGUGGAAAGGAAAAGGAAACAUUCUGGAAAGUACGCUGAGCAGGAACAUGAUAAGGAGAAUCUGUCCUAUCAAUCACUUGGAAAAUCAUUUUUGUCUGUCGAAAUUUCAAAUCGAUUAGUUGAAAGAAGCCCUUUCAAAGAUUUGGAGCCACAAACCAAUUUUGAACAGUCUACAACCUGUAUGGCAUGCCUAAAUGGCGACUUCGGUACUCCAUCUCAUAAAUGCAUCUUAUGCAAUGCAGCAGUUCACUUGCUGCCUGGUUGUUCCGUUGCCAUUGAAUUGAAGACGAAGAAGAAGGUUUUGGCGAACGAUGCACACAUUGUCACGAAAGCUCCUCAAGAAAUGAAGGCAUUGCUCUGA